GUUACUUGGUUGCUGAAAGUCUACAACUGCAACCGAACCUAAGAUAUGGCUGAAUAUUAGUGUUGUCUUGACCCACGCAGGUGAAGACUUUCACUCAUCGCUGCCGGUCACCCUUCAUGGCAACUGAAGACAUGGUGUAAAAGAAGCGCGACCCAGCCAAAGAAGCUACUUUAGGGGGCGUUUCGGUGCCUGUUCGGAUCAGGAUGAUCUCCAACUGUAGGGAGUGAUCAGUGUCACAAAGCCUUUGUGCACACUGUGAGGUAGCGACAGUAGGAUGACCUGCCCCAGAACCAUCACAGCUGGUGAGGACUGAUACAUACCACUGCAAAUACAGCAGUCGAUGCAGUCAUCCAGAGGCUCUCCCUCCCUGUGGCUGACAAAUCAACAGCAGCAAUAUGUCCCGCGUCUCUUCCACCGCCAAGCGCUAUGCUGGCCCCUCCUACACCAGCCACUACAGCUCCUACAGCUCCUCCCUGACCCCGGGCCUUAGCUCCUUCAGUGAGCGGGACAGGCUGUCUUCCUACAAGUCUCCCACCUCCUCCUCCACCUCUUCCUCAGGUUACUCCUCCUCCAGCUAUCUGAGCAGCUCUGCUGCUCGCAGUCGCAACUACAGCACCUCCUCAGACCCUGAUCGUGACCGAGGUCGAACCAUCCCACGUACCGACAUCCUUGGGAGCAGCAGCACCAGCCGGCGCAGUGAGAGCCUCAGCCGGACCCCUGCCAAGAGCUAUGGAGGCUCGGGGCUGAGUGGGGGGUCAGCCUAUACCACCUACAGUUCUUACUCUUCGUCCUCUGCCCAGUCCAGCUACCUCUUGUCUCUCACCGGUGGCCUCCAGCGUCUUGCUCAAUCGGCGGAAAUUCUGUAUCACAGAGUGGACUUGAGCAGGGACUUGGCUUCUCUGGGCCCUUAACGAUCCCUCCUGCUCCUCUUCCCUCCACCCCAUCUUCCUCCAGCAGUGCCCUGCGGAGCUACCGCAGUCGGACCACUGAUGUGUCUGACUCAUAUGGCACUAGCUCCCCGCCCUGGCUACUCAGGCCUGUCACGAAGUUCUACUCAGGAGGGCCCUCUCACGGAGUGCCACACAGGAAGUCUUCAGCAACAGCAAGCAGCAGCAGAGCUUUCAGCUCUUUGACAUGGGAGCCAAGCAGUAAUGGGCUGUUGGACUCCCUCACCAGGGGACUCCACGAACUCAAAGAGUGCCCAAGGCCUUGUGGGAUUAAAGAACCUGGGGAACACUUGUUUCAUGAACAGUAUCCUGCAGUGUCUCAGCAACACACACAGCUUGCGAGACUAUUGCCUGCACAACUCUCACCGCAGAGACCUUAACAACAACAGCCGCACCAACACAGCCCUCAUGGAAGAAUUUGCCAAGCUGAUACAGACUAUGUGGACAUCAUCCAGCAGUGAGGCAGUCAGCCCAUCUGAAUUCAAAACUCAGAUCCAGAGAUACGCACCCAGAUUCGUGGGUUACAACCAACAGGAUGCUCAGGAGUUCCUGCGUUUCCUCCUGGAUGGCCUGCACAAUGAGGUGAACAGGGUCACAGUCAGGCCAAGGGGCACUGUGGAGGACUUUGACCACCUGCCGGAUGAAGAGAAAGGGAAGAAGAUGUGGAGUAAAUACCUGGAAAGAGAAGACAGUAAGAUAGUAGACCUGUUUGUAGGCCAGCUGAAGAGCUCUCUGACCUGCAGCCACUGUGGUUUUUGCUCCACUGUCUUUGACCCCUUUUGGGAUCUGUCUUUACCCAUCGCCAAGAAGGGCUAUGGUGAGGUGAGUCUGAUGGACUGCAUGCGGCUCUUCACCAAAGAGGAUGUCCUUGAUGGGGAUGAAAAGCCGACAUGCUAUAGGUGUAAAGCCAGGAGGAGAUGCACUAAGAAGUUCACAAUACAGAAGUUCCCCAAGAUCUUAGUUCUGCACUUGAAGCGCUUUUCGGAGGCACGAAGAACCAGCAAACUGUCCACCUUUGUUAACUUUCCUAUGAAGGAUUUGGAUCUGCGGGAGUUUGCCUCUGAUAACAGCAUAAAUGCAGUGUACAACCUGUAUGCAGUGUCUAACCACUCAGGCACCACUAUGGGCGGUCACUACACAGCCUACUGUCGCAAUCCCAACUCGGGAGAAUGGUACACCUUUAAUGACUCCAGAGUAACGCCAAUGUCCUCCAGCCAAGUGCGCAGCAGCGACGCCUACGUCUUGUUCUACGAGCUGGCUUCCUCCUCACGGAUGUGAAGAGAGCUGGAGGACAGCAGGCCGCAGCACCACUUUGUCAGACGGAAUGACAAAUGGAAGGAUGGGAAGAACGGGAGCAUUGGUGGAGCCCAGCCUUUUUUUGUUUUUGUGGAAAUUUGUCACAUGAACACAUGAAGACACACCCCUAAAGCCUGGAGACUGCUUCUCUGUGCAGAGAGAGGGGGACACUCUGGAAACCACAGCAACCUGAACAACCAGCCCCACUCUCCCUCUCUCCCUCUGUCUUUAUCUGGUGUCUUUCUCAUUCUGGCUGGAGGUGUGUGUGUUGACGGUGUGUGUGUGUGUGUGUGUUUGUGUGUGUUUGUGUGUGUGUGUGUGUGUGUGUGUGUGUGUGUGUGUGUGUGUGAGAGAGAGCGUACAAGGCUGACACAGGGCAAUAAUCCCAUCUGGCUGACCAACCAGUGAAUCCGUCUCCAUCUCUGAAGUCCCUCUCUAUGCACUGCGAACUGAACUUUCAUCCUGACUGCGCCUUUGCUUCUUGUUUGCCUCAGUCUAUUAAAACUGAUUUGUUGCAA